AUGGCGGCUACUCGCCAACACCCCCCUCGCCUGCAUAUACCACCGUCUAUCAAUAAUGUACAGCCGUCGGUGGGCUUUGAAGGAGCACCUAUGUUCUCGCCCGCUCUGCCUUCUGGCCUCCCGCAGUUCCCUAUGAACCCCCACGCGGCACUCCAAACGCCUUUACACCCGUCCUUUUUCGCUCAUCACCCGAUGCAAGGGCGCCCGCCGCAUAUGGGGCAUGUAAGCCGUCCUAGUCUUGCCCAAUUGUCCCUUGCUGGUAUGCCUAUGCCCUCUGGUGUACCUAUGACACCCAUCGGACAGAACCAAUUCCCACCUCCAAUGAUGCUGAAUGGCGCGCCCUUCAACCCUCAACUCACCACGCGGAAUAGGCGAGCGCCGAGUAUCAGCGUAGGAGGGCCACCCAAGGCGCCUCUGGGAGGUCCCGGUCGUAACCAUAGCCCCAUGCCUGUCCCUUUGGUCGCUGCUGCCUCGACGGGCCCGGCUGCUGCCCCUGCGCAGAAGCAGAAGAAGGUUGUAGUGAACCUACCUGGCGAAACGGUCAAAGACGGAGAGGGUGCCGAGGGGACCACCAGAAAAUCCUGGGCACGGACGCCGAUGCACCCGUCGUAUCUCCCUCCUGAACCUGAAGUAGCGCCUCCCGAAACGAUUUCUGUAGAGCUAUACCCACCGGACCCUUGGAGAUAUGAAUUACCCGAUAGCGUAGAUGUUUUCCUGCCCGGCAAGAAGGCCAUCGAGGAGAAGCUGGAGAGGCUCGGAGUAGAAAGGGGAUCCGGAAGUAACGUUCCUCAUAUACACGCGCCGCAUGCGCGCGCUGCUUCGAUAUCAUCUCCCGCAGAUCCAGCCUUACUCUUCUUCAAGCUUAAUAAAUUGCAGCAGUCUCAGAACGCGUCCAGUUCAAAUUCCUUGACCACAUCUCCCCAGCCUGGCUCCAGUCUCCCCACAUCGCCUAAUCCCCAGAUACCUCCCCGUUUCCAAAAUCGCCAUGGCCAUAGUAUGUCUCUCGCCCAGCCUUCGAGCGCUCAGGCAUCGUCUGUAUUUUAUAAUCCUGCUUCUGGGUUUAAUCCUUUCGGCCCGGCUGCUACGUUAGGAUCAGACUCUAUAUCCCCUCGUCCACUUUCUGCUCAAUGUGCUGGUGAAAUCAGGAAUGACAUGAUUGCCCCGCAAGCUCGGGUUCCUGUUACUGUUUCAUCUCUCGGGCCACCUCCGACACUUUCACGUCCUGAAACCCGUCCCGACUUCAUACGAGGCUUCGGCUUGGACAUACCGGAAGAGUCCGAAGAAGAGCUGGAGGCCGACCGGGCUGCUACCGAAGAUGGUACGAACGCUGACGAAAGCAUCGUAACUGACAAUGAGGGAGAUACGAUGAUCGAUGCGGUGAACGAUGACUUCGAUCAUGCAACCGAGCAGGAUGUACAGACGGCUGGGCCAUCGAGUCGCGUGCACUCUCGUCAUGUCUCUCGUCUUUCGGCUGCUCUCUCGCUUCGGUCCGUGGGUGGACACUUAGAUCAGCCUGCCGAUGAUGUGCCUCGCAGUCCCAGGGAGCAUCCGUUAGUGGAUGAGCAAGACCGGGAAGCAGUGCAGGAAUGGACGGGUUCUGAGGAUCUGCGCACUGGCGGGGAGAAGUCAGACGAUGAGAGCCUUGGUGAAUUCUCGAAUCCUUCGGAUGAAGAACGUGCACGGCUUCAACGACUGGAGCGUCGGACUUUGCGGCGCAGCAAGGCUGACUUGGAAACUCCGAGGCGUCUGCCGAACUUCCCCCGUCCUCCAGAGGUUGCGCCGGCAUUCAUGGGUGCACCUUCGGACAUGAACAGGGAUGAUGACAUUGUGUCUAAUCCUAGCGAUGAAGGUGGCAGAGAUGUUAUCCACCUGGGCCUCGAUCCAAACGAAUACUACCGCCCGUCUUCGAAUUCGAGUGGCGCAGGCAGUCGACCUCUGCCACCUCUUCCACAUUCCAGGCAGACCUCAGCUCAGUACUCCUACCAUGACCCCGCCCUGGCGCACUCGCGACACCCCUCAGAGCACUUCGUCUACCCUAAUACGUCUCAGCCAUCGGCGCCUCGUCGGGAGUCUCUCAACCCGUUGGCUAAACCGUUCGUGUUUGGUGCCGCUGCGUCCUCGACCUUCGUGCCUCCCUCCGUUGAAGGUCCACCGCCGCCAGCGCCUGGGCCCACCAUGACCACCCAUAACAGGGUCUCUUCCUUCGGGAAAUCCUUGAAUGCUGCCGCGCCGGAAUUCAAGCCAACCUUCUCGUUCGUGGCUCCUCCUGCUGCCGCAGAAUUUACGUUCACAGCCCCGUUGCCUGAGACUGCUCGCCCGCUUCCUGUUCCUCCUGCUCUGCCCGCGCCAGUCAGGGCUCAACAAGGACGGGAGAAGAGGCAGCGGCUCAGCCCGGAUGGUGACGGGGAUAGGUACGCUGACGAGGAGGACGAGACGGGUAAGUAUAGCUUCACGUCGUUCAAGUUCCCUGCUGUAUCGGAGUCACCUCAAGUCGUACGUCGUUCCGCACCUACAACACCCCCUGGGUCCAACAAGUACGAGGGUCUCAAUGCGGGCGCAAAGCCAUUUACGUUCGGUGGCUUCUCUACGUUCCCGUCUGUUCCUACGGAUGCAGGCUCGAGCCCGACGCGCGAGAACGAUUUGCCCGCGAACAUCACUACGUUGGCAGAACAGGGGAGCCCUUCGCCGGGUGCUCGAGAACUUCCUAUACCGCCAAGCUACAAGGGCAAGCGGGCCCCCAUCCCUCUGGACUUCAAGCACCCUGUUUCGACAAAUACUGUCCCGGCUGGGUUGUUCAAGGCCUUGGUAAACGGGAAUGGCGAAGAAAGGACUCGUCGUACUGUGCGCUCCCGCUUGAGUUCUCGCGAGAUCUUCGACCAUAUUUCUCGAUCGUCGCUGGAUGACACCAACGUGCCCUCGAUUUCUCGAAAGAUUUCUGUUCACCGUCUUGCGACUGACCCUAUUCGUCGGGAUUCUCUGGCAAGUUCGACAGGAAGCGUCGCCGCGCGACCGCGCCGGUCAUCCUUACCAGCUCUGCACAGUGCCGCCGACUCCUCGUUGUCGGGCAUCUCGAUCCCUCCUAUUUCCAUGUCGAAGCGUGAUGACUUGGGGCUAUAUGAGCAGCGCUUGGAGGCCUUGCUGGAGGAGAAGUUAGACGAGCUCCGCCAGGAUCUCAUAGACCUGAAGCAAUCUAGCGGGAAUGGUGUUAACCCAUCUACUGAGGCUAUGAUCAACGAGGUUGUCAGUCUGUUCCGCUCACAGUUGCAAGAGUCAGCUGUUAGGGAGCUGGAAACCAGUCAGGCAGAUGCACGGGGUGAAUUGGACUUCCAGCUUAUCAAGGAUGUCAUUGAACGAGGACAAGCCGAGGCGCAGAAUGUCAUACGCCAAGAACUGGCUGAACUCAGGCAACAAGUGGAGACGCAAGGUGUCGGAUCACGAUACAAUCUGGGACCCGCCAUUGAAGAGUACAGCGCUAGGACUAUCGAUGCCAUUGUUGGCUCUGUCUCGCAACUGGCGGGACGUAUUGACUCGCUGGCCUCUGGCGGGUUGUCGCAGCCCUUGGACAGAGAGUCGCUGGUGCGCGAGAUUGUCGCCGUGCUUUCUCCCCAGCUAGCCGCACUUCGAUCCGAUCCCAUUGACUACGAUGCUCUCACUGCUCAACUUACUCAAGCUGUGAAGCCUCAUAUAUCUCAGCUGAUUGACCUCGCAUCGGACAAGCGCGAGACUGCUGGGCUGAUCGUGGACAGGCUCUUGCCUCUGUUACCUGGCAUACAAUCCCCCGGGCCUUCCCUGGAUGAAGAGGCCAUUGUGUCUCGGCUUACUACGGAAAUGCGUCGGGUUGUGGCGCCGCUGGAUGCUCAUGAGAUUAAAGAACAGGUUUCUGAUCUGGUCGUUGAGAGGCUGGAUUCCCGGCUGGCUGUCCGCGACAAAGCAUUCAAUAUGGACACACUCACCAUGAAGGUGUCAGAAAGUGUCUCUUCACUUCUGCAACCUGUGAAGGACGUGGCCAGCACUGCGGAUGCUUUGAAGAAUAGCCAGCAGAUUCUUUCAGCGCAGAGUGAGAAACUGAUAACUAUCCAAGAUAACAUGAUGUCUUCGUUGUCUGCCUUACCUAGCCAGGUGCUUACGGCAACACAAAGUCUCCAGAGUGUUCAAGCGGAGCUGCAGGAGCGCGGGAGGCGUUUCGAAGAUGUUAUCAAGUCGCUCGCCGACGUCCGGCAGAAUGACCGGAGCGUCGAUGAGCUCGCGGACAGCCAGAAGACAAUUGUUGCCCUAACUGAGGAGUUCUCGGCCUUCCGCCAGGACGUCAUGAAUGGUCUUGACACUCUGCCCGAGAUGCUCACUGCUUCCACCAAGGUUUUGCAAGACGCCUACUCUGAUCUGGUCUCCCGUAGUGGCUCUAGGCAGGAUCAAGAUGAACUGAGGAGACUGAUGAGUACAAACACUGAAUUGCAAGUACAACUAGCCAAGGCUCGUGGCGCGCACGGCCAAGUCCGCGUGGAGAAAGAUCAUUUGAAUGAGAAGCUCAUAGCCGUCGAGGCAGAGAGAGAUAGACUGCGGAUUCAAAUUGAAGAACACCAAACUGUAGCAGCUACCAAGACCGCUGAAGCUGUCGCACUUGAAUCGAAAACGUCCGAACUGGAGGAAGCUUUGUCGCAGGCCCUUGCUCGUCUGAAAUCCUCGGACGUGGCUGCCCAGACGCAUCAAGAGCGUAUAAUCGAACUAGAGCGGACAAACCGUGAGCUACGCAACGAGAAAGAAAUCCUUAGAUCCAAGGUGGACUCUCUCGAGUCACAGGCUAGAGUUGCUGCACAUGAUAAGGAAGCGACUGAGCGAUCAUUCGAUAUGCUGCAAAAAGAGCAUGAGCGACUCCUUUGCCAGCAGGCUGAAACGGACGGUCUUCGUCGUUCGGUGGAGCAGCUGGAACAUGUUAUAACCGUGUUACAGAACUCGGAUAACGAGGAGUUGAAGGAGCUCCGGCGCAUUCGUGACCGCAGUAAGAUCAUAGAGGGCGAAUAUGCAGCUCUGCAGAAACGAGUGAAGGAGCAAGAGACUAAGGUCGUCAGCAGCGAGCGUGCCGCGGUUGCCGCCAAGCAGACGCUUACAACUGCUCAGCAACGGGCUGCGGAAUGGGAGAAGCGAGCGAAGGAAUAUGAGGCCGACCUGGAAUUGACGCGCACUAAGCUGGACCAGGAGGAACAACGGGCGGCUCAGCUAGACGCGGACUAUUCGCUUGCUAAACUCCAGUUGGAGGAGAAAGACGCGGAUUCGCGCCUUACCAAGGAUCGGGAGAACAAACUCCGCGAGCAAGUCUCAUCCCUCGAAGCACAGGUGGCGCGACUGCAAGGAGAGCUCGAAAAAGCAUCAAUGCCAGCACCGCUCACUGUCCGCAACGUGCAGAACGGUACUGCUCGCCCGUCCUCUCGAGCCAGCACCGUGUACGGACCCAGUCGGUCUGCAACACCAGUGGCUGUCAACGGCAGAGGUGCCGGUGCUAUGUCUCCUCCUCAGACUUCGGUCUGGGACUCUAUCCACGCACCACGGCCUUACAGAAAUGGAGGCCCGAUGGCCGCCAAGGCAAAGCCAUCAGCAUAUUAUAGACGUCAGAUCCCAUCACCGACGCCUAGCACCGUCUCAGCAGCGCCGACUCUCGGUGAAGACGGCUGGUGGUCAUGA